AUGGCUGGACCUACAUGUUCUUGGUUUGCAGAUGGAACUCAGGAGAAGGGAUUGAAGGACAAUCCGGUUCGUCAGCAGGAGCUAGCAGCUUACUUCACGCACUGCAACCUCCAGCUUCCACACAUAAGACUCGCGUUAGUGAAUGCCAUGAUCGUAUGUUUUAAAGCACAGAAUUUGAGUACAGCUGCAAAUUUCGCUAGGAGGCUCCUGGAGACGAACCCGAUCGUUGAGAGCCAUGCGAGGACUGCUCGUCAGGUGCUCCAGGCAGCUGAGAGGAACAUGAAGGAUGCAACAGAGUUGAAUUAUGACUUCAGGAACCCGUUUGUGGUGUGUGAGGCCACAUACGUACCAAUCUACAAAGGGCAAAAGGAUGUGUCGUGCCCUUAUUGUGGGACCCACUUUGUUCCAGUGCAGCAGGGGGAGGUGUGUGCGGUUUGCCAACUCUCGGUGAUUGGGUCAGAUGCAUCGGGCUUGCUGUGUUCUUCUUCGCAGGUCAGGUGA